GACCUCACCAAUCCCCGCCUCGUAACGCUAUCCCAUCUCCUCCUCCUCCACCUCGCCUCUUCCGCCUCAUCCACCACCACCUCCUCCCCCCCACCACCCGUCGCCACCCUUCGCCGCCGCCGCCGACGAGGACCACCACCACCACGACGGUGGAGUAGCCGCCCGCGAACACCGAGGCGGCAGGGGAUCCAUCAUCCCACGACAACGACCAUGGAGCUCGCCCUGGCCUCCGCGAAGCCCUCGCCCUCGCCCGCGCCCGCGCCCCUCCUCUUCGCGCCGCUCAAGCCCCUCCCCCUCCUCCGCUUCCCUCCCCGGAGACCCCGCGCCUCCUCUUCCUCCGUGGGGGCGAGGCUCCGCGCUGGGAGGCGCGGGCUGAGGCUGCUGUGCCGCGCGGCGGUGGGGGCGGGGGAGGAGGUGUUCGGGCCGAGGAGGGAGCUGGCGGGGGUGCAGCCGCUGGUGGAGGCGCUGCCGCCCGCGGCGAGGACGGCGGCGGAGCUGGCGGUGGCCGCGGCGGCGGUGGCGGCGGGGUACGGCAUCGGGCUCCGCGCGGGUGGGGGGUCGAGGGCCGUGGCGGUCGCGGGCGCCGCGGUGCUCGGGGCGGCCAGCGUCGCCGGGGCCGCCGCGGUGAACUCCGUCGUGCCGGAGGUCGCCGCCGUCGGGCUGCACAACUACGUCGCCGGAUGCGACGACCCCACCAAGCUGGAGAGCGGCGAGGUGGAGGCCCUCGCGACCAAAUAUGGAGUUAGUACACAGGACGCAGCCUUCAAAGCAGAGCUCUGUGAUUUGUAUGCCAGGUUUCUUUACUCAGUACUUCCUCCAGGAGAUGAAGAUCUCAAAGGUGAUGAGGUUCAGACCAUUAUAAAAUUUAAAAAUGCUCUUGGGCUCGAUGAUGUAGAUGCUGCAAAUAUGCACAUGGAGAUUGGUAGGCGCAUAUACAGAGAAAGGCUGGAAACAAGGGACCGGGAUGCCGACAUGGAACAGCGGCGGGCAUUUCAAAAACUCAUAUAUGUAUCAAAUCUUGUCUUUGGGGAUGCAUCAACAUUCCUGCUUCCAUGGAAACGUCUUUUUGGGGUCACUGAUUCUCAGAUUGAUAUUGCUAUGCGGGAAAAUGCCAAAAUCUUAUAUGCAUCACAACUCAAGUCUAUUGGGAGAGGUCUUGACAUAGGCACGCUUAUCGAAGUAAGGAGAGCACAACUUGCAUACAAACUUUCUGAUGAGAUUGCUGCUGAGAUGUUCAAGGAGCAUGCAAAGAAGUUGGUUCAAGAAAACAUUUCGUCAGCUUUGGACAUCGUAAAGUCGCGUACCAAAGCAGCGAAUAGCCCAACACAGGUUAUUGAAGAUGUGAAGAGCAUCCUUGCUUUUAAUAGCUUGCUCAUAACACUAAGCAAACACCCUGAUCAAGAUAGAUUUAUUCGUGGUCUUGGACCUAUUUCGUUAGGUGGAGAGAGUGAUCAUGAUAGGAGGGCUGAUGAUCUCAAGCUACUAUAUAGGGCCUAUGCAACAGAAGUACUAUCAGAUGGACAUCUGGAUGAUGAGAAGCUCGCUCCUUUGAAUCAACUGAGGAAUAUAUUUGGACUGGGCAAGCGUGAAGCAGAAUCAAUCAUGUCAGAUGUCAAAGCUCAAGUAUACAGAAAGAGACUUGCUAAAUCAUUUAAUAGUGAGUUGGCUGCGGCCCCUAGCAAAGCAGCAUUCCUCCAAAAUAUCUGUGAAGAGUUACAGUUUGAUCCGGAACUUGCUAGUAAGAUGCAUGAAGACAUUUACAGGCAGAAGCUUCAGCAGUUUGUAGCGGAUGGAGAGCUGAACAAGGACGAAGUGGAAGCUUUGAUGGCAUUCCAAGUGCGUCUCUGCAUUCCACAAGAAACUGUUGAUGCUGUCCAUUCAGAAAUCUGUGGCAAGUUGUUUGAAAAGGUUGUCGUGGAAGCAAUUUCAUCUGUUGAUGGAUAUGACACUAAUAGACGACAGGCUGUUAAGAAGGCAGCACAAGGUCUGAAUUUGAAAAACGAGUCUGUCAUGGCCAUUUUCAGCAAAGUGGUACGGAAGUUAUUCCUGAACUACAUUCAGAGAGCAAAAGCAGCUGGGAACCGCAUUGAAACUGCAAAAGAGCUGAAAAAGAUGAUAUCCUUCAACACAGUAGUUGUGAGUGAGCUUUUAGCUGACAUUAAAGGAGAACCAACAACUGCUGAACCUCAAACAUCAGAUGCAACCUCAGAACCUGAAGUCAGCGAGUCUGAGGGGGAUGAUGAAUACGAAUGGGAACAGCUGGAGACAUUAAGGAAAACUAGGCCUGAUAAAGAGCUCAGAGAGAAACUGGCAAAGUCAAGCCAGAAAGAGAUAACCCUCAAAGAUGACAUUCCAUUGAGAGACAGAGCUGAGCUGUAUGAAACAUAUUUGGUGUUCUGUGUCACUGGGGAGACGACCAAUGUUUCAUUUGGAACAGCAAUCUCCACAAAGAAAGAUAAUUCAGAGUAUUUAAUGCUGAAGCAAUUAGGAGACAUACUUGGUUUAACCCGCAAGGAAGCUCAGAAUGUUCACAUUAAGAUGGCAGAAAAGGCAUUUGUGCAACAGGCUGAAGUGAUUCUUGCUGAUGGGAAGUUAACAGAGGCCAAGGCUGACCAGCUUGCAAAGAUACAGAAGCAAGUUGGUCUUCCUACUGAGUAUGCACAGAAAAUAAUCAAGAAUAUCACAACAACAAAGUUGUCUUCUGCAAUUGAAGCCUCUAUUUCUCGAGGACAGAUUGGUAUACAGCAGGUCCGAGGAUUGAAAGAAGCAAAUUUUCAAUUGGACAGCUUGAUUGCAGAACCACUUCGAGAAAACAUUUACAAAAAAUCCGUUGAGGAGAUCUUUUCGUCAGGCACAGGUGAAUUUGAUGAAGAGGAAGUGUAUGUAAAGAUCCCAGCUGAUCUCAUCAUUAAUGCUGAGAAGGCCAAGUCGAUUGUCCAGGACAUUGCGAAGAUUAGGUUGGAUAACGCCCUUGUCCAAGCUGUUGCUCUGCUUCGGCAGAAGAAGAAAGAUGAAGUGGUCGCAUCCUUGAACGACUUGCUUGCAUGCGACGCGGCUGUGCCUGCUUCGAAGCCCCUAUCAUGGCCUACAUCAGGAGAGCUGGAUGAUCUGUACGGCAUUUACAUGAAGAGCAUUCCGAAGCCUGAAAAGCUGUCAAGGUUGCAGUAUCUGCUUGGCAUAAGCGACGAGAAGGCCGGCCAGAUUCGGGAUGCCGCAUCGGCAGGCACACUAUCCGUUGCAACUGAAGAGGAGGAUGAAUUGGUAUUCUAGGGAGGGAGAUGUGAAGGUCUUUUUUUGUUAGGUAGCCAGCAGAGUUGAGGACCUACCAUACUUGGUGCUGUGGCGCCAACCGCUGCUAUUGUAGCUAGGCGCUGGCAUAUGGUUUUGAGAAGCAACGCAUAAUCCUGACGUGCGUUAACUGUUUGUAUAGACAGAAAUUGGCACCGAAUUUGGUGACAAAUCUCUUUUGCUGCAUUUUUCAUUUUCAGACCAUAGCGAGAGCUUUUUUUUUUGUAUUUUUUUUCUUCCCCUUUUCAUUAUGUAUCACAGUCGCCACUGCUACCUCAGUCAUAAAAUCCGAUUUUGUUGUAGCUCAACUGCAGCAUAUGAUAUGUGUCCCUUUGUAUGGGUCAUUGUAGCCAAUAUGUUUCAGCAA